AUGGUCGCGUCACGGCAUUUUGCUAUAAAAAAAAAAAAAGUAGCAGAAUUCCGCAUUUGACAGCUGACCGAUUGUUGGAACAAAGUUAGAGAAAAUUAUCGCUUUCACAACACAGUAACACACGGUCGUCAUCGUGAUUCUUUUCUCCCUACUCUAAAAUAAAAUAAAAAAAAAAAACUUCAAAUAAAUAGUGCGCGAACACACACACAUUUACACAGAAAGUAGAAAAUCAUAAUAAUAUAUAGAAAAUAGCGAAUGUACUCGAGUGUCGACCGAAAAUUGCCGGAAGACGAGGAAGAGGUGGAGGAGGACGCGUAGGUGGAGGCUAAAAUCCGUCCUUUCCUCUCCAGGACGAUCUGUCAAUCGCGCAUUGUCCUACCGAGUGGACAAUCCUUUUUCUAUUAACAUUUCUUAUUUACAAAUCAAGGAAAAAGUUGAAUCAUUUAAGUCAAAUAUUUUACCAAAAAAUUGAAAUAUUUACCAAAAAAAAAAAGUGAAGUGAAUUAAAAGCGAAAUUUUUCCUUUUUUUUUAAAAAAAAAUAAUCAUGUCGAAUGAUUUUGCAAGUGACUUUUAUCCGGAUACAAUUCGUAAGGAUGUUGUCGGUGAUCUUUUGGGUGGGAAUUUUGAUGAUCAACCACUAUCAACAGUGAGAGGACCAAUGAAACGUGAUCAAGAUUCAACUGAUGAUUUUGAACAUCUUGAACAGGAAUUUUCAAUGCGUGAAUCGUCCCGACCACCGAACUUGGAGAUUGAUUCAAAUUCAACGAUCUCACAACGUUUAGAAAAUGCGGCUGACAUUGCUACGAGAAAUCUUCUUGAUACAAGUGUUCCAGCAUUUGAGCCUGAAUUACGUCCAGUUCCAGCGACUCCGCCACCAUCGGCAAAUUCCGAUGAAAUGAAUAGCGAUUCAUUUCAAUCAAAGGAAACAACAAAAAUACCAAUAAUAAUUGAUCCAAAAGCCGCUUCAUUGGCAUUUAUGGCAAACGAAAGGGCAAAUGACAAGGAUAAUGAUGAUAUAUUUAUCACUAAAGAUGAUGAUCCACUUGGUAAAUUUGAUUUCACAUCAUCAGAAUCAAAAAUUUCCGAUUUAUCAUCAACAAUGAAUUUUAAUGAACCAGAUGAAUUUUUUAUGAAAAAAGAUGAUUUUUUAACAAGAGAAAUUCCUGAAAUUUUGAAACAUGAUGAUAUUAUUGUAUCAGAUGAGAAAGAUAUUGAUUUUGAUAUUAUGAAAUCAUUAGAUGAAAAAUCAAUGAAAAAAGAUGUUGACGUUGAUGAAUCAUGGAAUUUGGUUGGUAAAAGUAAAUUUGAUGAAGCACCAACUAAACCACUUCCACCAGUGCCACAAUUUGAUAGUUUUGAUCCAUAUAAUAAAUCGUCUUUCCAUAAUAAUGAUAAAUAUGAAAUGUCAAAUGAAUUUUUAAUUGACGAAUCAAUGAAAAAUAAAGGAAAACAAAGUGGAAAUGAAACUGGUGAUUCAGAAUUUGAAUCGGAACCGGAACCAUCGCCGAUUAGAAAUGUGACUAAUGUUAAUAAGACUGAGAUACGUCAAAAUGAUGAUAUUUAUAGACGUGUUAAUGAGAAAAAAAUUAAAGAAAUUGAAGUUGUUGCACCUGGGGAUAUUUUUGGAAGUUUGGGACUUGAUGCAUGGUUUAACCCAGAAAGACUGAAUCCAAAAGUGGCUGCUCUUAUUUAUUGGCGUGAUCCCAAAAAGUCUGGAAUCGUCUUUGGUGCAAUUCUAGGAGUGCUUCUAUCGCUGGCCUACUUCAGUUUGAUCAGCGUCCUCGCAUAUACAUCACUUCUCACUCUCACUGGCACUGUAGCUUUCCGUAUUUACAAAGCUGUGAUGCAGGCAGUCCAAAAAACAUCAGACGGACAUCCCUUUAAGAACAUUUUAGAUUUGGAUUUAAAAUUACCAGCUGAAAGGGUACAUGAAGUUGCUGACGUUGCAGUUGCAAAUGCAAAUGCCGCCGUUAGUGAACUUCGCAGGCUGUUUUUGGUUGAAGAUUUGGUCGACACACUCAAAUUUGGUGGUGUUUUAUGGUGUUUAACUUAUCUUGGAUCAUGGUUCAAUGGAAUGACUCUCGUAAUUAUUGGAGUUGUGGCUUUGUUUACACUACCAAAAGUGUACGAAACGAAUAAAGCACAAAUUGACCAAAAUUUAGCUUUAGUUCAAACAAAGAUUAACGACAUUACAACCAAAGUAAAGGCCGCUAUUCCUCUGGGCAAGAAGGCUGAGCCUACGAAGGAGGAAUAAGUAACGCUUAUUUAAAAUUAAAAAAAAAAGAAAAAAAAAAAAAAAAUACAAGAGUCGACAGUGAAGAGAGGGAUGAAGAGCAUGAAAGUGUUUCUAGAGAGAGAAAAAGAUGGCUUUUUUAGCAGCGAAUUAAGAAUGUCGCUGAGAGUGCGUUUGAAGAAGGCAACGAAUACGAGACAUCGCGGUUGGUUUCGGCGAGCAGUUUUUAAACCGAAUGAAAGAAUAAAACAUAAAAACCCAGCGAAAAAAAUUUUCACAAACAGGUAACAAAAUAUAUGUAUAACAAUCCAAGAAAAAAAAACUCUUUAAACUCAUCGUAUGAACAUUUUUAAUUGCGAGGACAUCGACUCAAGUGAGAGAAUUAAGAUCCAAUUUAUUGAUCAAAUAUCUAAUAUUUGCAAAAUAAUAAAUAUGUCUUAAGUAAGAAAUAAACGGAAAAAAAUCAGUAAAAAUGUAGCGUACAAUUAAACAAAAAAAAGAACCGCUUGCCAACAAGCAACGGUAAAAUAUUUGUAGUGAACUUGUAAGAGUCUGCAAUGGAGCGAAACUCCUCCCAUUUGUUUGUGCGGUUUAAAUGAGAAGAAGAAAUGAUUUUGUUAUUAUUAAUUCAAAAUCGUUUCUUUUGAGAAAAAUUCAUUCCUUCUCCAGCAUCCUCCUUUCGACGAUACUCAAAUCCUCGAUCGAAAAAAGGCAUAUUUAAGGUAUAUUAAACAAAUGACCAUUAAGCGCCCUAUAUCAAUAAAACAAAAAAAAAAAAUCAUCAAUUCUCAAUUAGCGAUAUUUCACAUAAAUAACAAUUCCAUUAUUCAUCCCCUUUUUUUAAAUGUAGGACGCCGAGGUGUUCCGUUUUGUGGCCAACGCAAGAAAAAAAAUGUCGGAUAGUCAGAAAAGAUUUAAAAAAAAAUAAAUAAAUAAAAGAGUGAGAUACACAUUAGUUGAGAAAAAUUUUUAAACGGAACACGAUAGGGAGUAAGCGCUUGACGGAGGUUGUUUCUUUUUUAUUGUUAGGUCUUAAGAUGUCGUCUAAUGUCCAGCGGUCCCUCGUGUUUUAGUUGUUAACUUAAAUAGAUAUUUAAUAUGAUGAAAGAAAAGAAUUAAAAAAAAAAUACAAAAAAUACAAAAAAAAAAAAUAAAAAAUAAAGCGAAUAUACAAACGAAAAAAUUGUCGUAUAUGUCUCUUAAAAAUGAUGUUGAUUGCGAAAUAUUGCUAUUAUAUUCUAUAAUAAUAAUUAUUGCAAUUAUACAUCUAUGAUAAAUUAUUAUUAUUAUUAAUUAUUAUUAUAUAUAAUAAAAAAAACAAAGCGACGUCGAAUUAUACAUAGAAAUUUAAUCGGUAAAUAUGAAAGUUGAGUCGUAAAUGAGAAAAUAUACGAUGAAGAUGCAACUUUAUAUUAUAUUGUAACCUAAAUAUCUAAACUAUUAUUACCAAAUCACGUGUUUUUAUCGAGACGGUGGUAAAAUGUUAAGAAAUCAGAAAAAAAUUGUAAUACCGCUUCUUGACGUUUUCAUUAUUGCAUCUGCAUUCGCACGAUUUAUUUAUAAAUAAAUGACAUUAAGAACAA